AUGCAACAUGGGCACAGCUUCAAGGCGGAGCUCGCGACCCAUCAGACGGCCUGCGAGUGGUCGCCGGACGCCGUGGUGUUGAGCGAGGAAACAUGGCGGAGGGCGAGCCUCGACUUCUUCAAGCUGGUCGGCCUUGGGCUACGAGAUUGCUGCUCGUUGUGCGGGCCUCAUCCGAGGGUGCUCCUUUGCGACGGGAUCGUGGGGCUCUCGAGCUCCGACGGCGCACAUAGGCCUGGGGGGCUCGGCAGCUCUUCUCUCGAUGCGCGGCGCACGUUCUUCCACCCCAGCCGGCACUUGAGCGGAGCACUCCUUGAGAAGAGGUCGAUCUCCGGCCGUGACUACUGCGGUGCGGGUCUCGAGGGAGGCGGCAUGAAGCGCAAGCUUUUGUUGCAACCGGAGCUACGAGAGGCGAUCGCGCGCCUGUCUCAGCACCGCCCCAAGGACGAGCGGCUCGGCAAGGGGCUAUCAAGGUCGGACUUCAAGGCUCUUCUCGACGGGUUGGCUCACCAGGACUCCCAAAUUGUGAAGCGUUUUGGUCCGGCCGAGGCAGAGGGCCCCCUUCCAGAGGACGGUCGAAGGCGCCUCCUCGUCGAGCAACGGACGAUGGUUCGGGACCGCAAUCUGGCCGUUUUCGAGCUACUGACGGGACUCCAGGCCGACUUUGCGAGGCGUGGGUUGAGCCCGAACCUCUGGGAGCACCGGAUUGGCGAAUGGACGGACUUCCUGUACUCGCUAGGAGCUCACGACUCGGACGAAGACCUCAUCGGAGUUGGCGCGCUGCACGUGGUCCGAAAGCUUUUGCUGGGAGGCGAGGCCUCUCUCGAGGACCGCCGCGAGUUGGGACGAGAUGCGCCCAUCUUGCGGCGGAUUCUCGACUCGUACGGAGGGCUUGCGACGCGGCCCCUGACCAUCGAAGAGCGCCAACGGCUGAACGAGGCUCAAGGGUUGGCAAACGGGUUGCUUCCCGGCGUCGAGAGGUUGGAGCCGAGCGCCGAGCAGUGGAAUGCCAUGAGCGCCGAGCACGAGCGCUCGCUUUUAAGAGAGAGGCUGGGGAAGGACGAGGAAGGAGUUGGGUUGCACCCAUUGCCGGCGGGGCACGGCUUUCGGGCCGAGCAGGAGGGCUUGGCGUGCUACUCUUUUCCCGGGUGGGAGCAAAAACGGGGGUUGCCUCAUUUUAGCAGCUUCGAGCACCCAGAUGGCCGGAGCAAGAGCUCAGAGGAGAACAAGUGUGCUACGGGAAAGUCGGUGACGGAGUGGGACGCCGAGAACAUACUCGGGCUGGUCAAGGGUGCCGGAAAGCUCUCGGGAAAGAAGGGGGGACUCAGCAAGCGGCCAAAUAGGAGUCGGGGGGUCUUCGUGUUUUGUUGCCCGCACCGCGUGAUUUAUGGCUUUCACACCAUGUUGCGAGGGGAGAGCCCAAGGGACGCGUUUGCCGUGCUCUACACGCGGCUCAGGCGCGAGGAUUUGCCCGAAGUGCUGUGUUAUGACAACGCGUGUGCCCUACGCAACUACUCCAUGCGGCGGGCCCCGGCACACUUUGCAAACGUUCGUUUUGUGGUCGACAG